UCUCGCAGCGUCCGUCCUCCCUCGACCCGCGUCCCCCUCGUGUGGGGCCCACGAAACCCGGUGCCAUGGAUGCAGCGAGAACUAAGACACCUAGGAAACCGGUGAGAAAAGGGUACCCGAGGACCCUCAAGGAGCCAGUUGGGGUCUACUGUAGGGUUCGUCCCCUGAGCUUCCCUGACCAAGAGGGCAGCUGCAUUGAGGUCAUCAGUGACACAACGGUGCAGUUUCACCCUCCCGAGGGUGUCUACAAACUGAACAGAAUUGGAAAUGACAAGGAGAUUCAGUACUCCUUUAAACAAGUGUUCGGCGCUCACACCACCCAGCAGGAGCUUUUCGACAUCGUGGCGAAGCCCUUAGUGGAUGACCUCAUUCAUGGCAAAAACGGUCUUCUCUUUACAUAUGGAGUGACAGGAAGUGGGAAAACUCACACCAUGACGGGUUCUCCAGGGGAAGGAGGGCUGCUGCCUCGGUGCUUGAAGAUGAUCUUCAAUAGCAUAGGCCCAUUCCAGGCCAAGCGCUAUGUUUUUAAAUCUAAUGAUAGGAAUAGCAUGGAAAUUCAGUGCGAGGUUGAUGCCUUGUUAGAACGUCAGAAACGAGAAGCCACGCCCAUCCUGAAGACCCCCUCCAGCAAGCGACAAGUAGACGCAGACUUUGCAGAUAUCAUAAACGUCCAAGAAGCCUGCAAAGUGGAACAAGUAGACGAAGACAGUGUCUAUGGUGUAUUUGUCUCUUACAUUGAGAUAUAUAAUAAUUACAUAUAUGACCUGUUGGAGGAGGCCUCGUUAGAUCCAAUAAAGAACAAACUGCCACAGUCUAAAAUGCUGCGAGAAGAUAAGAACCAUAACAUGUAUGUUGCAGGCUGCACUCAGGUGGAAGUGAAGUCUACUGAGGAAGCUUUUGAAGUUUUCUGGCGAGGUCAGACAAAAAGACGCAUUGCUAACACGCACUUGAACCAGGAGUCCAGCCGUUCCCACAGCGUGUUCAACAUCAAGCUAGUGAAGGCUCCGCUGGAUGCGGACAGAGACAACGUCCUGCAGGAAAAAGAACACAUCUUAUUAAGCCAGCUGUUCUUGGUCGAUCUUGCUGGCAGCGAAAGAACUAACCGGACCAAAGCGGAAGGGAACAGAUUACGUGAAGCAGGUAACAUUAAUCAGUCCCUGAUGACACUGAGAACUUGCAUGGAGAUCCUGAGAGAAAACCAGAUGUACGGGAUUAACAAGAUGGUUCCGUACCGAGAUUCGAAGCUAACUCACCUGUUUAAGAACUAUUUUGAUGGAGAAGGGAAAGUGCGUAUGGUUGUGUGUGUCAAUCCGAAGACCACGGAUUAUGAAGAAAACCUGCAAGUCAUGAGAUUUGCAGAGGUGACCCAAGAGGUAGAAGUUACCAAAUCGGUGGACAAGGCUGCGUGUGGCUUCCUGCCCGAGAGGCGACUCAGAACCCAGAUGCGGGGAGGCCUCGGAGAUGAAGCCCUGGUCACCGAGCUGGGUCUGCAGAGUUUCCCGCCUCUGCCGCUGUGCGAGAUUUUGGACAUCAAUGAUGAGCAGACCCUUCCCAGACUGAUUGAGAGCUUAGAGAAGCGACAUCACCUUCGACAAGUGAUGACCGAUGAGUUCGCCAGACAAGCUAGUGCUUUUAGUGCUUUGUUACAAGAAUUUGAAAAUGCUGUUAGAAAUAAAGAAAACUACAGUCAAGGAAAACUAAGUGAAAAAGAUAAGCUGAUAUCAGGACAGAAGAUGGAAAUAGAACAACUGGAGAAGAAGAACAAGACACUGGAACACAAGAUUGAAAUUUUAGAGAAAACGACUUCUAUAUACGAAAAAGACAGGCGUAAUCUGCAACAGGAACUUGAAAACCAGAAUCAGCAACUUCAGCGACAGAUUUCCGAGCAGUGUAGGCUGGAAACCAGAUUGCAAGGCAUGGUGGCCGAAAUGACAACCAAGUGGCAAAAAGAAUGCGACCGUCGUGUGGCAGCCACGCAGCUGGAGAUGCAAAACCAACUUUGGGUCAAGGAUGAAAAACUGAAACAGCUUAAAGCGAUUGUUACCGAGCCCAAAACGGAAAAGCCACAGAGACCCGCUCGGGAGCGAGAUCGGGGCCAAGACAAACCCACGCGCAGGUCGGCCUCCGCGUCUCCGGUUCAUUCUAGUAACUAUAUUGCUCAGAUUUCCACCGGCCAGCAACUCAUGAGCCAGCCCCCGCUCCAUAGGCGCUCUAACUCUUGGAGCAGCAUUUCUGUGGCUUCCUGUGUGUCGGAAUGGGAGCAGAGAAUUCCCGCCUACAACACCCCUGGCAAUGCCACGUCUAUUGCGAGGCGUAGGCAACAGGAGCCCGAACAAAGCAAAGCUUGUUUCGUGUCAGACAGAAGGCGAGGGAUGUACUGGACGGAAGGCAGGGAGGUGGUUCCUGCGUCCAGGAACGAGAUGGACGUUCAGGAGGAGCCCAGCUGCAGGAACGCACCGCCCAUUGGUGUCCGUCGCAGACGAUCCCGCUCUGCAGGGGAGAGAUGGGUAGAUCAUAAGCCCGCCUCUAACGUGCACAACGAGACUGUCAUGCAGCCACAGGUGCCCCGCGCCAUCACAGUGUCUGUUCCCAGUGAAAAGGCGCUAGCUAAGUGUGAGAAGUACAUGCUGACCCACCAGGAACUAGCCUCCGAUGGGGAGAUUGAGACUAAGCUCAUUAAGGGCGAUGUGUAUAAAACAAGGGGUGGCGGACAAGCUGUGCAGUUUACUGGUAUUGAGACCCUAAAACAACAGUCGCCAGGCGGUAAUCGCAAGCGAAGCUCCUCGGCAGCAGCACCUGCACAAGCAGAUGGCAUGGAGUUGGAACCCACUGACGUAGAGACCCGGUGCUCCAUGGCCGUGGAGAUGCGAGCGGGCUCUCAGCUGGGACCAGGAUACCAGCACCAUGCACAACCCAAGCGCAAGAAACCGUGAACUUACAGUCCGAGCAGCAAAACAGUGUCGUUUGUCUUGGUGUCUCCAGUGCCAAGCAGACGCGCUCUCCUGGCUCAUCGUGUAGUGUCGUGGCCCGCAGCAACACCUACACUGGCCUGGAACGGGCUCCACGGGCCACAUCUAGGACUCAGAGGCCUUGUGCUUUUUAGAUCUUGCUGUAUUUAAUAUUAAUAACAGAGGAGUUCCUCCUCCUUUUAUAUAUAUGUAUAUGAACUAUUUUUGUAAUGAUUUUUGUAUAUUUUUGUAUACUUCCAACUCUGGUGUUUUAAGCAGGUAUUCAGCUUGGUAAUUAAGGAAUGUAUUCGAUCUGGAACACACCUCACGUUUUAUUGUCUUUCCCAGCUCUUGUCUGAAUGUUUCCCCAACGCUGCUGUUGACCAGCGGCCAGAAUGCACUUUAGACCUAUCGGACGCUUCAGACUUGCAGGCUGGGGCUGUCAGGAUCGGGCCGAUGACGGGGCCCUUCUAGGGAGUCCAGGAUGCUGGGUAUACAUGCUCUGUGAUAUUCACAUAUA